CAUGUUUCGGUCACUUCAGAGGGGACCAUUAUUUAGACAUUGCAAUACUCGUACAUUCAUUCCUAAGUCACCGUCGCCUUCUUUCUGGCCAAUUCCCUCGUCUCUAAGAGCGCGUCUGGAAAUCCGCAAUAUAGUAAACAUGGCAGAGAACGGAGAGAAGCCCGUUUUUUUCUUUGAUAUUGACAACUGUCUAUAUCCCAAAAGUACCAAUAUCCAGCAUAUGAUGUCUGAUCUCAUAGACAAAUACUUUGAAGAUCAUCUAUCUCUGUCAACGGCGGACGCCAAUGCUCUCCACCUAAAAUACUACAAAGAGUAUGGUCUUGCCAUUGAGGGCUUGGUCCGCCAUCACAAGGUCGAUGCGCUUGAAUACAACACCAAAGUCGACGAUGCAUUGCCUCUGGAAGAAGUCAUCAAGCCUAAUCCUGAACUUCGCAAACUACUGGAAGAUAUCGACAAGAGUAAAGUGCGCAUGUGGCUAUUCACCAAUGCAUACAUCACUCAUGGAAAGCGUGUGGUCAAACUGCUCGGGAUCGAUGAUCUUUUUGAAGGAAUUACUUACUGCGACUAUGGCUCUGAAAAAUUCUACUGCAAACCUCACAAGGAGAUGUUUGAAAAGGCAAUGGCGGAGGCAGGCGUCAAAUCCAACGAUAAGUGCUAUUUUGUCGACGAUUCAUAUAUAAACACUAAAGCUGCAACUGAGCGCGGAUGGCACACGGCUCAUUUGCUCGACCCAGCAGACCCCGAACCCCUUCACAGAGUUUCACAGUAUCAAAUUCGAAGCCACGAGGAGCUACGUACUAUUUUCCCAGAAGUUUUCAAGAGCUCUUAAGCAUAUAGACGUUGCACUAUUCCGAUGCAGCGCUUUCUCCGUCCUUCUUCUCUUGGUUGAUGACUCAUGCAGUCACUCCCCGCGAAACGACUUGUAGAUGCCACUUCGCAACGUUAUAUAUAGCUAGACGACUUCAACAAGUCAGCAUAUUAUAGAGAGCAUUAUACGCUCCGUAAUUUAAUGAUACGAAUUCAACACUGUCA